GGAUGCGAGAGUGUAGCAGCGUUUCUCUCUCUCUCUCUCUCUCUGUAUUCAGUGCCUCUGCCAAAACCAGAUGGCACAGACAGACAGUGUGGAGGAGUAUGAAGGCUCAAAGCGAUCUCGGUGGCUAAAAUUCUGCAUAAUUUAGUUUAGGACUUUAUAGCCAUCGGUGCCCCAUACUCCUCGUUCCAUCACACAUCUCUUCUUCCUCUUCUCCUUCAUGCGAUGUGAUGUCACUCUAAUUCAUUCCUUCCUCCAUUCCCCAUUCCCCCUUUCCCCCAUUCCCCUUCUUCGCCAUGACCGCCUCUCAACUCAUCUCCGUUAGUCCCGACGAACUCCGCUUCCAUUUUGAGUUGGAGAAGCAAACGUUUUGCGAUCUUAAGGUCCUCAAUAACACACAGAAUCAUGUUGCUUUCAAGGUCAAAACCACUUCUCCCAAGAAAUACUUCGUACGACCUAACACCGGUGUCGUACACCCCUGGGACUCCUGUAUCAUCAGAGUCACCCUCCAAGCCCAACGGGAAUACCCUCCAGACAUGCAAUGUAAAGACAAGUUUCUCUUACAGAGUACAAUAGUGAGUCCAAAUACUGAUGUUGACGACCUCCCAGCAGAUACUUUUAAUAAGGAAAGUGGUAAUUCAAUAGAGGAGUUGAAAUUAAGAGUUGCAUAUAUCUCUACUGCCUCACCCGAAGGAAGCUCUGAAGAUGAUGCAUCAAGGAGCUCACAUAAACUCGAUUCCUCUUCUCAUUAAUUCCACUUUGUUCAUGCACAACCUAUUACUCGUGAUACUUGCUGCAUUUGGUGGAAACAACGUAGGACUUGGUAUUUGAGAAAGCUAGAAAACAUAUUAAGAUUGAUAAGUAAAGACAAAAUAAAAAUUGAAAUCAGUGAAACAUUUGAACUUCCUUCUAUAGGUCCCUUCUGAUUGAAAAUAUAAGCAUGUGUGGCAUCAAGCUUCUCUAUCUAGUUUAUUCUGCUUAGUUUUUACUUUAUAAUUUUAUGGAGGUGUUUCCUCGGCUUUUAAGUGGCAUAAAACAUCUAGCAGAGUGUGCACUCCACAAAUUGACCCAUGAAAGGAGUGUUAUGCUCAGGUCUUUAGUUAAUUUGUGGAGAAUAUACUUAUAACUUUAAUUCUUGUGGGACUGUUUAUAGAUUAUAUCAUUUGUACACGCUGAAUUUAAAGUAAUUACUACUGUAUUUAUGAUACCAGUUUAUUCUUUUAGGUUAAGACAGUUGUAUCGACUGCUUUUAAUUUCAUUCCAUUCACAUGCAUACUGACUCCAUCUGUGUAUCACCAAAACGAAUGGAUAGUUGCUUGAGUUGUAUUCUGUAUUUGAGUUGUUAUCUCUAAUUGCACGUUAAUUGCUCAUUGUCAGUCAUUUCCUAAAUUGUGGCAGUUGAUUGCAGACAAUUAAACCUUCUCUACUUUUUCAGUUCUAUUCUUUAUUAUAUUAGCCAGUCAAGCUUAAAUUAAAUUUCUAUUU